AUUUAUUUUCUUUCUUCUGCUAUUCUCUUCACAAUUUAUUUGAACAUUUGCAGAUACAGAAGAGUUUCUUUUGGUUGGAAAAUGCAUGUUGUCUACAUUUUGAUUAAAAAGUAGCAUCUUGUAAUCCAAAGUUUACAAAGGGAACUUUAUAUAAAUUAAAUGAACCCAGUAAGAUUUUCCUUUGUAUAAAAUCAGGUUCUCAGCUUUAUCAAACCUAAAAAAACAAUUUGUGAAACAUGCUGUUAGCGGAGACUGAACAAUAUUGUUGUGGUGUUGUACCUGACUUGUCCGUCAGUCCGGUUACCUGCAGAGUACUGCUGGUAACUCCCAGGUAACUAGAGUUAAUGCUAUACACCUUGCAUACCAGGUGUAAUGCAAACGAAGAGACAUCAGAGUGAAAACCAGAAGUGAAAACUACAUUUGGUGUGAACUUCAGGAUAUCAGAUAACACAGCUAUGAACACGACAUCCACAGACCAAGAUGAGAUCUGGCUGGAUUAAAGGAUCAGUCAUGGCCUUUGCUUUGACUGCAGCUCUGCUAUACCUUGGCUCCAUUAAGAAGGAGGUCCAUACCCAUUCAGAGAAAAUCCAGAGGGCCCACAACAAUGACUCCAUCAGGAGUCAGAGAAUUCUUAAUAGGAUGGACAAGAUGGAAAUGAACAUUAACAGGCUGCUCCAUCUGAUGAAUAAACUUGAAAAGAGGGAACCAGUGCCAAAGAAGAACCCAGAGGUGAAGAAGGAGAGGAAGGUGGUGAGGAAGCUGUACCCGAACUCUGCUCUGUUCAGCAAGUGGGGUAAUGAGCUUUCAGAGGAGGAGCAGAAGGAGGCCGAGAAUUUGUUUCAGAGAUACGGCUACAACGCCUUCCUCAGUGACAGGCUGCCCCUCAACAGAGAGAUCCCUGACACCAGGCCUGCCAGGUGUGCUGACAAAAAGUACCCAGAGGAUCUGCCUACCAUCAGUGUUGUUUUAAUCUACCUGGAUGAAGCUCUUUCUGUCAUCAAAAGGGCCAUCUGCAGCAUCAUAGACAAGACGCCAGCUCGGCUGCUGAAAGAAAUCAUACUGGUGGACGAUCACAGCAGUAAUGAGGAUUUAAUGGAGAAACUGGAUGAAUACAUCAACUCCAUCCACGAGGAGGUUCCAGGCCUGGUGAAGAAAGUCAGGCACUCGGAGCAGCUUGGCCUCACCCAGGCCAGACUGUCCGGAUGGAGGGCUGCUGUUGGAGACGUGGUGGCCAUCUUGGAUGCUCACAUAGAAGUCCAUGUGCAAUGGGCAGAGCCAUUGUUAGCUCGCAUUAAAGAGGACCGAACCGUGAUACUGACACCAGUGUUUGACAGAGUCAAUUUUGAUGAUUUGGCACUGACUCCCUACAUACCUGCGGCGGAUGCCUUCGACUGGGCUCUGUGGUGCUUGUAUGAGUCCUUCAGACCCGAGUGGUACGCUUUAAAGGACGAGUCACAACCUGGCAAGAGCCCCUCCAUCAUGGGGAUUCUUGUAGCCGAUCGAAAGUUCUUUGGAGAGAUCGGAAGCCUUGAUGGUGGGAUGAAAAUAUAUGGCGGUGAAAAUGUGGAGCUCGGCAUCCGGGUGUGGCUGUGUGGAGGAAGCAUAGAAGUCAUACCUUGCUCUAAAAUUGCCCACAUUGAACGGGCCAUCAAGCCUUACCUCCCAGACUUGAGUGUAAUGGUAAAGCGUAAUGCUCUGAGGGUGGCGGAGGUGUGGAUGGAUGAAUAUAAAUACAAUGUCAACAUUGCCUGGAACCUUCCCCUAGAGAAUCAUGGGAUAGACAUUGGGGAUGUAUCGGAGAGGAAAAAGCUGAGAGAGAGGCUGAAUUGCAAGCCCUUUAAGUGGUAUCUGGAUAAUAUUUACCCCUUGCUGGACCCUCUGCAGGAUCUGCUGGGUUAUGGAACGCUGAUUAAUGACCUGAAGCCAGAUCUCUGUGUUGACCAAGGCCCAGUUCCUGGGAACACACCCAUUGUAUAUGCAUGCCACAACUACUCACCACAGCACUGUUAUUAUCGCUCUGAUGGCCAACUCUACAUCGGCGGAAUCAAAUCUCACAAGUACAGCAGCAACCGCUGUCUGGUGGACCCCGGCACCGGAGUCUACCCAGGACUCUACAACUGCAAACUGGCCCAGCAGAAGAACUUCCACAUGCUGUGGGAUUUUAAACAGAAAGGACAGAUCCAGAACAGAGAAUCAAAGAAAUGUCUAGAAGUUGCAAUGGAUGAAGACGGCUAUUACAAACUUGUUGUCCAGCAGUGCAGUGGUCAGAGCUGGAAGAUAGAAAAUCUAAUCAAACGCCAUGGAAAGACUGCUGGGCAGGGCCCAGAAGACAAUAUUUUAUUGCACAACAACUGAAUGUCAUGCCAGAUAUGGAAUGGUUGCUUGUCUUUGGAGUGAGUUUAUAAUUUGCCCUGGACGACUUGGAUCCACAAGAGUCAGACUGUGCAUGAGCAAAGUUAUGAACUGCAUUACUGAGAGGAACUAAUACUUUAUUUAAUUCUUGUUUUUUGCAUCAUGCUUUUUUGACAAAUGUAAGUUUGUUUGUUUUAUUUUUUCAAAAAUAUCCUCAAACAUUUGUUGUUGUACGGAAAUCCUUUUUCUGGUGACAAAAUGCCCAGUGAACAAGUUAAAGUUCCUUUUGUAGUUUCUCCAGCAAAACAACUAUAGUUUAGAAACUUGUGCGAGGGUUUUAGCUUACCUACAGUACCCACCUUUCAAUGUCCGACCCGUUUUCUCCUUUCAUCCUAUCCUUUUACAAAGAAACCAAUGAAACACCCUACACUGAAUCUGAAUUGUUUACAUAAAGGCUGCUAAUGGUCUAUAGAUGUUUGCUCUAUAACAAACAUCAUUCAAUUCAAAUAGGAUCCGUUAUGGUUUGGUUGCCAUGAGGGAUCCAUGAUGAAGGCAUCCCUUUUUUUUUUUUUUUCUGCCACCUGAUGUGACCUGUGUCCUUCAGAUGAAUUGGCAGGGAGCUAUACCUGCAGGCUGAAGACACUUUUAAUGAGAAUGAACUCACUGAAAUGCGAUAUGAUUUUUAAAGCUGGAAAUAUUAUUGAAAAGGUCAACAACCCACAAAGACCAAAACCAAAGAAGCGCCAGUCUGUGUUUCAAUAUUUUCUGACUUUGCUAACCUGUCUGUUAAGUCUUUUAAAAUGGAUCAUAAAUAUACACUUUAAGGGGACAUUAUUAAAUGUUACUCAAAGUAAGAAAAUAGUACAUUUGCUUAGGACUGUUUUAUAUCUAUAUAGCGGAUUAAAACACCAGUGGUUUGAGGUUAGGUUAGGAUAAUUUGCAGCACCAGUGCCCUGUUCCCAGAAGUGUGUGUGAGGGGAUGGAAAAAAAAAAGCCAUCAUCAUCAUAGAGCUCCAAUAAUACAAUGGCAACAGGUAAAUAAAAAGCGUUUUGGGAGGUCGCUGAAGCAUUCAUUGAAAGCUUCCAGGGGUCAACCACAGUGCAGCAUAGGCUGGAGUUGUUCCUGCUCAGCUACAGAAAUACUUCAUACGCCAUGACCUUCCUCCGCCGUUGGCACCGAUCCUGCUUUGACCUACUCAAAUCAAGUGUGGCUGCUGUGGUGUAUUGGGCUAAGGCGGCCAGCAGAAUUGCAGGGCCCCUUUUGCCGAGGACAGGGGUUUUGCAGCUGUGGCCUCUGUUCUGGUCCGUGAUUAUAGGUGGCGGGAGGAGAAGUGGAUGCCUGGUGUGAUGGUGUCCCAGGCGGGGCCAGAGUCUUGCACAGUGGAUGUGGGCUCUGCACUACACUGGAAACACCUCACAGACCAGAUGCGGGUCUGUGACCUGGCAAUGUUUGCCCCAAGACAGCCACCACAACUGGCCUUUGUGGUUCAAAGGGCUGCUGUCCCCAUGAAAGACUGACUUUUCCUACAGUGGUGGGGCUGGAUCCACCCUCCAAAAAGAUCAUCCAGUCUCCCAUACAAGGACUGAAGGACCAGUCGAAGUUCAUGCCCCUCCAGAGACUAUUAAGAGGUACUCUUCGCGGGUCAUUUUACUCCCUGACCACCUUACCUUUUCGGGGACUUUUGGCAAGAGCAUGUGCUCCACCACUUCGUAAGUCUCGUCUCCCUGGCAAGAAUAAUCCUCAGAAAGACUCAAAGUGUGGGGCAGUCUACCCCCAACCUCAGUUAGGUUUUGUUACAAAAUGUACGUUGAGUGAUGGGCGUUUUUGGGGGUGAAUUUGUGAUCUGUCAUUAAGUAUUUCAGUGUGGUUCUGUUGGAACUUUCCAUGUGUCAUUAGAAACCCCUUAAGUUUUGUGGGGGGUUGUAAUAACAAUAAUGGAGUCAAACGUGUGAUGAAUCAUUCCUUUAUGCGUACAGUACAGGAGGAGGCUGAGAAUGGUGACCUCGUGCAAAUGUUGCUAGCAUUUAGCAUAUAGUCCUAGACAUGUCCUGAGAUCAGUCAUGUUAAUGUAUGAAUUGAAAAGUAUCGUCACUGCCCCCGUAGUGUCUGUCUGCCCACAUCUGUUUGGAGAGAAUGACCCUUUGAUAAUUAUAACAAUGUGUCUCUCAAGUGAUUGUUAAAUAGACUUGUUAAAAACUUAGUUCCAAAGCCUACAAUCUAAAACAUAAAUUUCUUACAGGGGACUACAAUCUAAUAAGUUGUGAGGAGAAGUGAUGUAUUGUGUUAUGUGUCUGUUCUGGUAAUUUUCCCUGGCUGCCGCCUGAGGGUGUGAGUGUUUUGUUCAGGUUGGGUUUUGGCCGUUUUUGGGCUUACUCUUUGACUGUUCUUCUUUGCUGGUUGUUCCGGAUUAAACAGCUCACUUCAGCACCUGAAAA